GAAACGGAUGAGCCCAAGUGGUCACGCCGCGCCCACGGUGGCCCUUUCUGCGAUUCCCUUUCAGCUCCCCCCGAGAGGCCCGCCCCGUGGCCUGGGCUCCGCCUCCCUCCCCGACAGGUGUGCGUCGCCACCGGCAGCAAGCCGCACCCUGCCCGCUCCUUUCCCCGCCUGUAACAACAGCCCAAGGCGGAAGCGUUCUGCAAUGUCAGGCGCCCCGGCGAGCGCGGAGCGGCGCGCUCUGCGCUGGCUGCGGCGGGGCUGCGGGGUCCUGGCGCACCUCGCCGCGCUGGGCACCACUGCGCUGCUGCUGCUGCUCUCCAGGCCCGGCACCAGUUUGUUUUCCUGGCACCCUGCGUUCAUGUCAAUAGCAUUCUGCCUGUGCCUGACGGAAGCCAUCCUGAUCUUCUCGCCAGAGGGUCUCCUCUUCUGCUCCUGCUCCCACAAAAUGAAAGUGCAGCUGCACUGGACUGCCCAGACACUGGCCCUUGUGGCUGCCACACUGGGCUUGGCCUUCAUUGUCUCCAGCAAGAACCGGAGUGAGCUUCCACACCUGGUCUCCUGGCACAGUGUUCUGGGACUCCUGACUCUCCUGGCAGCUUGUGGGCAGGUCUUGUGUGGAUUCUGCCUUCGCUUUCCUCGGCUGCUGAGGAUCUCGUCCGUGGGUCGCCUCCGGCUCGUCCACAUGAUGUACGGACUGAUCGUUUAUCUGCUAGCCACCUUCACUGUGGCCCUGGGCAUUUAUUCUGACUGGUUUCAGGCCCAGAUUAAAGGGGUGGCUUGGUACUUCUGCCUGGGGUUGCCUUUCUGUCCUGUGUUGGUUAUUGUGAAACAGAUUACUAGAACUCGUAAGAAGAGACAGUACAUUUGAGUCUUGGAUCCCAUCAGAACCCACUGGAAUCAAUAUCUCAUCCCCAUUGUUUUCUCCUAUCCUUAGUAUUUAUAACAGCUGAAUUUAGCCUUCUGUUGA